AGGGCUCGGGGGACACACUAGGCCGGCGGGGCGAGCCGAAAGGGGACCGUGAGCCGCCAGGAGAACGCCAGCGCUGGCCUGGGCGCGGAGCACACGGAAGUGAUGUGAUGGGCGCGCCCGCGAGCGACCAGCGUCCGGCGUGAGCCGCGUCCAACGGCCCGGUGAGAGAUCCAUCGGGAAUGUCCGUCACAUCCGUGUCGGUGUCCGUGUGCGAGUCGGAGGACGUGGGCCCGUCGGCGGCGGACUUCCCCAAGCGGAGCGGUACGGCGGACAGUGCGCUCGGGCUGGGGCUCGGCGUCCGCGAGGACGAGGACGACUUUGGGCGAGUCGGCGUCACUCAGGUGACGCUCGUCACCAACGGUGGCUACGGCGGACUCCGGACUCUGCCCGGCGGGGGCAGCACCCGCUCCGACAGCGGUAUCGCCCUCUCCGUCGACCUCCAGGAUGGCGGCGGCCAGGAGGCGCCCGGUAGCCCGGAGGGUCGGCAGCGCUCCGGCAAGCAGCUCACCGUGUCCUUUGAGGGCGUGGACAGAGGCCCCGGGGGCCCCGGGGUCACCGUCACCCUGCAGAUGGCUCCGGAAUCCGAGGAAGGCGAUCACUCUCUGGCCGCCGACCUGUCGGAGACGUUCUCCGAAGGCGAGGACGUGGACGCCGAGGUGGCGGCGGUCAUGGUGCAAACCUCCGCCGCCCACCGUGGAGGCCAGCGAGGAUCCCAGGCCUCCCCGUCGCUGUCCCCCACGGCCGGGGUCUCUGCCGCGGGUGCGGGGCUCCCCGCCUCUGCGGAGAGCGUCCCCACCGUCCCCACCGGGCCGGGAGAGCUGGUCGACCUGCAGUUCAUCCUGCCGAGCGACAAGAACUGGAAGAACAAGAACUACUUCAAGCUGGUCGAGAAGCAGCGCGCUCUGGGCGCCACGCCCAUGGCCUCUGCGCGAGACGUGGUCGUGACGGGGCCGCCGGAGCGCGGGCUGUCCCCCAUCCCCACGCACUGGCAGCCCCUCGCGAAGCGGCCGCGUCGCCCGGGGCCGCAGCUGAGCAUCGCGUCGUCGCUCGGUUCGACGGCAUCCCAGGAGGCCGCCCUGCCGCCAUGGACGUGCGCGGACCUGGCCAAGGCGGGCCUGCUCCUCGCCCUGCCGCCCAGGCCGGUGGACUUCGACGACGAGGCGGAGAUGCGGAGGGUCUUCGCCCUGGCCUACGACGUGUUCCGGUAUAAAAAUGUUUUGCAGCAGGCUCUGGAGGACUGCGGGUUCUUCGUGCAGUUUCCACAGCAUGCGGGUGAGCCGGCCCGCGCGUGGCUGCUGCUGUUCGACCUGCACAAGCGGCACUUCCGCCCCCGAGAGGCCAUGGAGCUGCACCUGCCCCCGCCGCCCGGCGGCCACCAGGUCAGCAGCCGACAGGCCCUGGCGAGCGCCGGCCUCGCUGACAUGGACGACGACCUCUGGGAGACCCGCGUGCACCUCGCCGCCGCCCUGGCCAGGCUGAGGGUGAAGAAGCGCGCGCUCCGGUUGUCGCAGCUGCUCCCCCCGCACCUCCAGGACGGCAGGAUAGUGAACCACGAGGACGCCCUCGUGACCGGCUGGGUCAACACGUUCCGGAGCAGCAAACAGCAGGUGUCCGCGGGUCUGGAGCGGCAAGGCCUACGGCUGGUGGACGACGGGCCCGCGGGGCGUGUGCUCACCGUGGACGCGGCGCGGGACGGGGCGGCCUCCGUGUCGCACGAGGACUUCCGCUUCGACCCCGUGCUGCCCAACGUGAUCGUGUGCCACCCCGACCAGCGCGACGACCUGGCCCAGGCGGCCAUCGUGCGCAAGUGCUACCUCGUCCUGCAGGACCGCGCGUUCAACUUCGGCCCGGCCAUGGUGAGCAAGCUGCUGUCCGACUACGACCUGACGGGCUGCGUGGCGCAGACGCACAUCCACUCGCCCCGCUCCACCGCGUACCUGGCCGCCAUCCUGGCCGAGAACGUCAAGGUGGACACGCUGCUCGCCUUCGGCGCGGGCUCACGCAAGCAGCAGUACAAGGCCUACUUCCGCAAGCUCGGGGUGACAAACGCCGAGGUGUUCGAGGAGCGCUUCCUCGACGCCGCGGCGCACGACGGUGGCCUCCUGGACAACGUGGUGGCCGUGCUGGCCACGCCGCCCAACUCGUACUCGGCGGUGACGGACCCGGUGGACCUGGUGUGCAGCCGGGGCGGAGACCUCGGCAUGCUGCACCAGCUGACGGAGUCCGGCGGUGGUGGCGGCGGCGCCGGGAGCUGCACCGCGGGCAGCGCCAUGCUGCAGGAGCAGGCCGCCACGCUCCGCCUCGCCAUGGCCAAGCCGCAGGUGCAGUUCGUCGUGUACGAGACGCACUCGGUGUACUCGGUGGAGAACGAGCGGCUGGUGCGCCGCCUGGUGCGGGAGAUGAACGCCCUGGCGCGCGACCGACACGCAGAGGAGCAGCGCCGCGCGGCCUGGCUCGCCUCGCUCGCCGCGCAGGCCGAGCAGAACGUGCCCGGCAUGGCGCAGGGCGAGAAGCGCGAGCGCCAAGAAGGACAAGGCGGACAAGGCGGACAAGCCCGCCGAGGACGCGCCGGCGCCAAGAAGAAGAUGCGGAGCGCCAAGCAGGCAAAGGAGCCCGCGGACCAGGGCGUCGCUGCAGCCGCCCCUGCCCUCGUGACCCCAGAUGUCCCCGCUAUGGCUGACGACCCGCGACCCGUCACCCCAGGCACCGCGACGGCCUCAGCGGCGCCAUCAGUGCUCGGCGAGGGCGAGGCCGGCGAACCUGACCCCGCAGCAGCCCCGGCCCUCCCGCUGCCACCCAAAGAUGCACAAGACCAGCCGACCCCAGAGGACAUGGUUGUGGACGCAUCAGAUGAGGGUGCUGACCGACAGGUCCAGGGAGCCGAGGGCGGAACAACGGAGACCCCAGCCCCACCUCCGGUGGAGAUCCCUGCGCAGGCACCCACACCCACCCCCGCCCCGGAGCAGCCACCCCCGCCACCUCCACCACCGACACCCGCUCCGCCAGUGGUGGAGGUCCCGCCAUGCGACUUGUUCGAGAUAGGCAACCUGCCCGACAUGUGUCCUCACAGCGACAGCUGCCUGACCACCUCUGAGGAGGGCUGCUUCCUGGCGCUCAUCAAGCGCAAGGAGAUCGUGCGCAUGGACGCCAACUACAUGAUCAAGAUGGCCGAGGCCCGCGGGCUGUUCGGGUGCGCGCCGGGGGUGCGGCGGCCCACGGCCGCGGAGCGCGCGCGCAAGAAGCGCGAGCGAGAGGAGGCGGAGGCGCGGGCGCGAGGGGUGGGCGCGCGGCGGGGCAAGGGCGGCCCCCUCGACGUGGAGAGGCUGUCCGCGCCCACGCGCGCCUCCCGCGCCCGCCAGCACCGCAUCCCCCCGCGCCCCCGCCGCGCCUCCAACAUGUCGUGGGAGUCGGACGACUCGCACGAGGGGCCCGAGAUCACCGUGGUGCUGGAGGACUGCCCGCGCUUCCAGCAGCACAUGCAGGCCGCGCGCGAGGCCCUGGGCGUGGCGCUGCCCGCCCCCGGGGUGGCCGGUGGCCGCGCGCCCGGCAGCGUCGUGGAGGUGCGGCGUCGGGACGCGCGGCGCUGGUGGAGCGAGACUUCGCGGUGGGUACCCAGUGCUGUGCGCGAACUGCGCCCAGCUAUACGGCGUCGCGACCGCCAGUGCCUAAAAUCUCCACUGCUGUCUGUUUCUGUUUUUCCACAGGUACAUCGCCGCAAUGCGCGCCGGUUCAGCGGCGGGGUGGCAAUACCUCCUCAGGUUGGGCCCCAUGCUGGGUCCCAUGCUAGGGGGCAGUGGUGGGGGUGGCAGCUCCAGGGCAAGCCUCCGCCUGACUCGGUCUGCCCCCGCCGCUCACCACCAGGCACUCUGCUCCCUGCACCGCCACCCCUUCCCGCUGAGGGUGUGCCUCCUGGAGUUAUGACACCCGCCCCCGCCCGUGGACGGUCCCGGGCCCCUCGACCAGGACGUGGGCCUGCCCCGCCUCGGGCGCGCGCUGCGCUGCGGCUGCCACCAGCUGCUGCUCGAGCCAUCCGCCCCAGACAUACCCCUCGCGCCCCUAGUCUCGAAGCCACCCCCGGGCCCGCAAGCCACUGCAAGGUCCGCAGCGCAAUCCGUGGUGUCUUCUAAGGCGUGACGGCUCUUCCGGAACAAUUUCUCAUGUACUUGAAUUGUGUUAAUUAGAAAUCCUUAAGUUCUGUGAUUAAGUCAUCUGACAUGACAUUCUGAAAUUUGCAACAGAGCAUGUAGUGCCUUGCUCAAGGAAAUAAAUGAAUGAUGGUGUCAACUUUAAAAUCGCUUCACAGGUCCCACUUUAAAAGUUAAAUGAAGUGUUUGGCCAAAUAUGGUGGGAGUCCGUUCUCUUGCAAUUUCUGUCCUAUGUAAGUGGCAGGGAGUAAAGGGUUAAGCGGCAAUGCAAGACAAUACAAAUUGUACCACAUAUCCAGUUUAGACAAUUAAUGCCAAUUCCGCCUGCACAGCUAUCCCUUAACGCCACAUGAGAAUAAA